AUGCGGGCGAUCAAGGCUGCGUAUAAACAAGCAGAUGGUAAAAAGAUUGAUAACAAGAGGGUGCUUGUGGAUGUUGAACGUGGUAGAACUGUUCCGAACUGGCGACCCCGCAGGCUUGGUGGUGGUCUUGGAACAUCGCGGUUUGGCUACGAAGAAGUUAACCAGAAGCAGUUAGGGAGAUCUAACAGAGUUAUCCAUGGUGAAACGGAUUGUUCUAUUUCUGUUACUAGUAAAGUGCACGUGGGAUGCAAAUGUUUCAUGGCACCAACCGGGAGGGAAUGCUUACAGUUUGUUGGCCAAUUUAAAGCAAAUUGGCCAACAAAGAAAAGCGAAAUGGAAAAAAUAGAAAGGAAAGGAUGA